AUGAUCACAGCCACCGAAGUCCUCAAAGCAUGGGAUGCCUGCGACAAAACCGACUCCGCCUUCAUUCUCAUCUGCAGCGUCUUUUGCUGGCCAAUCAUCCCCGCCGUCGGACUAGGAUAUUCAGGAUACUCGACACGGCGGAGCGGGUUGGCUUCUUUCAUGCCAGCAUUGCUGGCAGUUUCCGUUUGCACAAUUCAAUGGUGGUUGUUUGGAUACUCGCUUGCUUAUGGUGAGGGCAAUGGCUUCAUUGGCGACUUGAAACAUUUCAUGCAUCUUGAUGUUUUGGCUGAGCCUGUGGGGACUAUUCCUGCUAUUUUAUUCAGCGAGUUCCAGUUGAUUUUUUGUGCUACUGUUUGUGCUAUUGCUAUUGGUGGGGUUUGUGAGAGGGGAAGGCUGCUGCCGUUGAUUCCGUUCAUCUUUCUCUGGGCCACCUUUGUCUACUGCCCACUCGCCCACAUGGUCUGGGGCGGUGGCUUCCUCGGCGAACUCGGCGUCCUCGACUUCGCUGGUGGCACUCCUGUACAUAUCUGCUCGGGCGCCACAGCAACAGCCCUCAGCAUCUACCUCUCCUACCCACUCUUCCGCUCCCGCAAGUCCGCAGAAAGAACGCCAGCUCAUCUGGUCCUACAUAAACCCCACAACACACUGAGUCAAUUGCUCGCCCUCGUCACUAUCUGGGGCUCAUGGUUGGCCUUCGACGCUGGCACCACACUUGCUUUCAACUUCAAAUCUGUCAUGGCGAUGUGUGUGACGAAUCUUUGUGCUGCGUCAGGCGCCAUGACUUGGGCUUGCAUGACUUAUUAUGAGACUGGAAAGUGGUCGCUGGAUUCGACGUUCUUGGGCGCCAUCUCUGGUCUGGUCAUGAUCACCCCUUCCGCUGGCUUCAUCGACAUGGCCACAGCGUUCUUCUUCGGUAUCACUGGUGCAGUUGUAUCGAGACAAGCUCUGCGGAUCAAGUUCACCGACUUCGCAAGACGGUGGAAGUGGGUUGACAAUGGCGACACCUUCGCUACUCACUGCAUUGGUGGAUUUGUCGGUACCAUUGCGACUGGCCUCUUUGCUCAAAAGGAGGUCGCCGCUCUUGAUGGAGUCACAGAGAUUGUCGGUGGUGUCUUCUUCGACGGCAAUGCGAGACAGCUUGGUGUUCAGAUUGUGGAAGCCUUGAUCGGAUUCACUUGGGCAUUCAGCGUCUCAUACAUCAUCAUCGCCCUGAUCGACUGCGUCCCAGGCUGGGAAGUGCUGGCGACCGACAAAGAUGUUAUGAUUGGCAUGGACGCAUCUCAGAUGGGCGAGUCACUGUAUGAAGAUCAGUGGAAAGGAGAGGAGGAUUACCAGCCGUUCGCCGCAACGAUUCAGUUGGAGUAG